CUCAUUAACCGUUUCAGUCCUACCGAUGCGAACAAGCAGAUGGAGCUGCUCAAGAAUGGAAGAGUCAACGCGUCGAGAGUGCCUACCACAACCGCACAGACCACACAAGAGUGCUACAACGAUCAUGCGUUUAUGAUUUUCAUGUAUACGACAGAUGAUCUGCUUUUGGCAGCUAGUAUGGCAGCCACUGUAUUCAAUGUGAUGGUCAUAUUUUGCGCUGUCAAACUUUUUAAGAGAAGUGGAGACACUAUGCAUCUUUUCAUUCUGAAUAUGACCGUAGGAGACCUUAUUUUAACUGUAUUUUGCCAUCCAAAUGAACUGCUUAUUCGUAAGCACGACUUCCUUCAACAAAUCCAUCUUUGCGCGGUCGUUCACUAUUUUAAUUGGACAGGGCUGGCUGUUUCCGGGUUAUCUCUGACCAUGCUCAACGUUGACAAGCUAAUAUAUUUUCGAUGGCCGCUCAACUAUGAUCGAUCAAUGUCUAAACGAAGAGCCGCUUUAUUCUGCCUUCUUAUUUGGCUGCUCUCUGUUGGAUUCAUUUCGUAUUGCUGGCUUUUCAACAUUGUCUAUAUUCACACUUUCGACUGCUCUUUGCAGAUGUCUCCGAACAAGAAGUUUUACUAUGAAAUAUUCCUCAUCUUGUUCUGCGUUUUGCCCGUGACCUCCUCCUUGAUAGUUUCCAUUUAUCUGUUCAAUCUAACACGCCAGAAAAGAAACGCGGGAAGCGGAGGGGAUACUUCCGCCUUCAAGAAUAAAGUGAAAUCGCUUGUAUUUAUAUUUGCCACCACUGCGUGGACAUCAUGCAGUUUGUUGCCAUAUCGGAUCAUGAAUCUCGCAAGAAUCCACCUUUUCACAUGGUCAGAGCUCUCCUGCGAAGGUAAGCAGAUGAUGAACUGGGUUGCAUGGAUCCUGAUAUAUCUUCUCACUGUAAAUCCAAUUAUCAAUCCGCUUAUAACUUCACUCAUCUAUGCACCCUAUCGUAUAACGAUCAAGAAAUUCCUCGUCAACAUUCCUGUUGGAAACCGACCGUUCUACAACUAUCAAGGAGAGCAUCUGCAUUUGGAUAGCAGCAGUUUCGCCUCUCUUCGCCGAAGCCGAAAUCGACGCUCCUCAUCUACGGAGUCCGCAAGUCUUCGACAGUCAACUGAGGUACGAGUUUCAAUGGGGGAGCCGUACACCCCGUCAAAAAGUCCUUCGAAGGAGCACACGGAGCAAGAAUUCACAUUUGAAAAGAAAAUGGAGGCUAUACAUGAAGACUCACACUCGCACUGACUCCAAAUUUAGUGGAAUUUGUUGAGAUAGGUAAGGAGAGAGUAUGAUGAGGGUUUCUAAGCAUCUCAUUUUGUGUGUAUUCCGUACUAUAUAAUUAUAAUAUCCGGCACUAAAGAACUACACUUAAGCUUGGUCCAUUGCAGAAGUAGUAUUCUGUAUCACAUGUCGUCUUCUUAUUUUUAAAUCCGGCUCUAAUGCACUGAGGUCGAAAUGCCCUCUACUGCAUCACUUGAAAAUCAGUGUUGCAUUUUAU